AUGUCAUCGCUACAGAGUCGCAAAGAUGAGAUCGCGGCCAAGAAGGCGAAAUUGGUGGAGCUGAAGCGGCAACGAGAGCUGCGGGCCAGGGACUUGAACACCAACCGACAAAGUAUUGGAGGAGGAGAUGCUUCAGAGCUAGCCCAAGCAUCACCUCUUCGAAGUCGAACGACACAGUCACGUGAGGACAUUGACUCCCUGAUCUCCUCCCUGGUCCCGGAACGACCUUCUUCCUCCACUGGUAUACGGACACCGGCACGAAGCCCUGGCAAGCGAGGUAGCAAGCCUGUCGAGCAGACGGACGACUCGGCCGAUGAGCCGACGACGAGGCGGUAUCAGGAUGCUGCUACAGACACGCAGACACUUGCAUUCGCCGACUUCCAGACCGUCUACGAGAUUCCGGUCGAGAGCAAGCCCGAGGUCAUCACCUACAGCAAAGGUGUGCAGACGACAGAGCCGUGGGAGGGCGACGAUGCCGGCACGGAUGCACCUGCACAAAGCCCGAGCAGGAAACGGCGAGAAGGGCUGAGCGAUCGUGAGCGGGAGCUAGAGGAGGAGAGCAUACGGCAACGACUCCGACUCGAGAUCGAAGAGGAGCUCCGAGCAUUGGAACUAGACGACAAGACCAUCCCCGACAAAGAGCGCUUCCCGGUCCGCUCCCUCCAACCCGAAGAACUCAAUGCAGUAACAAGCAGCAACGACUUCCUCGAUUUCGUAGAACGGAGCAGUAAAGUCAUCGAAAGAGCUCUAGACGAAGAAUACGAUGUCCUGGCCGACUACGCUCUGCAGACCCGCGACGCAGAAGAAGAUGCAGACGAGUAUGUUGGUCGUCGAGGCAGGAGGAUCAAAGAAGUGGCAUCCUUUUCCCUCUCCGAUCAGAUGGGCUCGAAACGCAUGAUUUCCUCUCUCGACUUCUCGCCCAAAUUCCCGGAGUUACUAUGCACGAGUUAUACGAAAUCGCAAGCAUCGCCACACACACCGCCAGGACUGCUGAAUGUCUGGAACUUGCAUCUGAAAGGACGACCGGAGUACAGUCUCCACGCCACCUCCGACCUCCUCUCCUGCCUCUUCCACCCGUAUCACCCAAAUCUGAUAUUAGGCGGCACCUACAGCGGCCAGCUCUGCCUUUGGGACACCCGGGCCCGCCACCACCGCACCGGCGAGCCCGUCCAAAAAACCCCUCUCACGGGUGGCCGCACAGGCCACGCCCACCCCAUCUACUCCCUCGCCGUCGUCGGCACCCAAAACGCCAGCUCCAUCGUCUCCGUCUCCACCGAUGGCGUCGUCUGCGCCUGGAGCACAGACAUGCUGACAGUCCCACAAGAAUAUCUCGAGCUGCACUCCCCUAACCUCUCGGCCUACAAAACAGACGACGUAGCCCCGACCUGCAUCUCCUUCCCGGCCUCGGAUCCAACCUACUUCCUGACGGGAACAGAACAAGGCUCCAUCCUCCCCGUCCACCGCUACGACCGCGCGGGAGCCAAAGCAGGAGUCGACACCCGAACUAGUUAUCAAUCCCACAUGGCGCCCGUCACAGCCAUCGACUUCCAUCCAGCCAGAGGGAAAAUCGACCUAGGCGACCUUUUCUUAAGCGCGGGAAUGGACUGGAGCGUCAAACUCUGGCGCGCCAAACCCGCCAGCUCAACUGCCAGCACAAUAUCCUCCUCCACCUCAUCCACCACUGGCUCCGGCCAACAAAACCAAGAGGUCGUAAAGCCCCUCCUCUCCAUCCAACGCGAGGAUACAAUCUACGAUAUCCGCUGGUCCCCCACCCGCCCCUCAAUCUUCGGCCUCGUCGACGGCGCCGGCCUCCUAGACCUCUACGACAUCAACGCCUCGACCGAGAUUCCCGUCGCGAGUGCAAAGCCCUCUCAUCAUGAGAAAGACGUUUUCGGCCUGAAGAGUCUGAGCCAGUUGGCUUGGGAGAAGGGGCAGGGGAGGAAUGUGGCUGUGGGGGGACUGGAUGGGGUGACGACUGUUUUUGAGCUUGGGGGGGAGCUUGGGGGGGUGGAGAUGAAGGGGGAUGCGUGGAUGGGGGUUAGGCGGUGGGUUGGUCGGCAGGGGAGGACGAUAGGGUAG